AUGUCAUGCACUGUCACCAGAGAAAUGAAACGUUUGAGCUGUGCUGAGGUUGGAGGCAGGAGAGGUGCCGUCAUCAGAGUUGGCAUCCUCCACAACAAGGACCAAAACUGUGAGAAGCCCAAAAGCCAGGAUAUCUACCGAAGGCUGUUGGGCAAGCUGUACAAUUUUCUGCCCAAACAAACCAACUCCACCUUCAACCAAGUUGUGCCGAAGAGGUGGUUCAUGAGUUGCACCACCCUGCCACCUUCGUCCCUUUCCCAGAUGAUCUGGGAGACGGAACUUUCUUGCCAGGAAGACAAAACAGCUGUUGUUGCAGAGACUAUAACGGGUGACCUGAACUAUCCAAACAGGUGGGAGCAAGAUCCUCACCUUCAACCAGCUGGUCCUUACAAGUACACUCCAAGCACUGUGACACCGUGCUGUUCCCUGCUCCUCGGAAAGGUGGAGAAGUGCGCCGACAUUUCAAAGAGGCCAGGAGACACCCCCGUCACCCCGGCCACCCCCGCUCCCACAACACCACACAUGCACUCCAAGGGCCAGAAGUAUAAGCUCACCAGAGUUCAGUGGGCCCAUCGUGGUUACAAAAACUACUCCCAGAUCCUGCUUCGUUACUAA